AAAACAGCUGUGAAUUGUUAGUGAAAAACAACCUAGUUCUAGUCAUGAUACUGGAAAGCCAAUUCGGCGGUUUUAAAGACCUUACUUAGAAAAUCUACAAUGUUACAAGGUAGGCCUCUUUUCCUCGUAGUUACAUUAAAUACUUAUUAACAGCUAGUUCGAAGAAAUCUUUAGAAACAAAGCUUUUGACUGAGUUAAUGCAAAAACAACAGUUGAAAACUAAAAGUAUGAAGAUUUAAUCAUGUAAACCACGCAAAACAAAAUAGGAAGCUUUCGUCAUUGAGCAGCAACUAAACGUUAUGUGUAAUAUUUUGACUAAAAUAUAUAACCAAAAACUAACGCAUCGCUUGUAUAAAUGUAGUGAAAUAGAAAUGUAUUACUGAGGUCACUCUUUCCUCAAUUAAGAUAAUUUGACGUUUAAGUACAAUGCACAAUUUCCAUUCGUAAAACGAGAUCUCCUGAAAUAAUAAUCCAGGCGUAGAAUCGUGUCAAUCGAGGCAUAAGCAAUGAAGCAAUAACAAAACGGCAGUAAUACUGCCGACUAAAGUUUAUCCGUUGAUUAGGCUAAAACAUAUACGCAAGCUAAGAAGCUCAUCUAAAACAGUAAAGGAUUUUGAUGAAAAAUAAAACUGACUGGAUGGAAACGAAAAAAUAGAUACGAUAAUUUGCAGGAGUUGAGCAGUAAGUAUAUCUUAAUUUUGUCUUCAAUUUGCUUUAGAACAAGUGGAAAAAGUGAAACGUCAUUUUCAUUAACUCUGGACACACCUAUUUUUGAACGUUAAACAGAAGUGUUCGCGUAUUUCCCCGUAAACUCUAAUUUAGCUCAUAGAGAUAAAAGUGAGCAGCUUUUUUGCUUUAUCGUGGGCGAGGGCGUAAAUAUGGAGGCAUAUUGGAAAUUUGUUUUGGAAAAUUGGAUGGGCUUAAAAUGGCAUGUUUUUGAUGAGUAAGAGAUAAGAUUGCACUUAUUUCCAAACGGUUACACGAGCAAUUCGUGAUCCCUCAGAACACACUAUCGUAAUUAGAUGUGAAAAAAGUAAUUAGCCGUGGUGCAGAUGGAAAAACAACAUCGUAUUACCUUAAAGAGGUUAUGUCAUGCUAAUUUAAAUACCUAAAAUGUGUCUUUGCAUCAAUUGCAUUGCAAAAAUAGUGGUCCAGUUUUGUUGUUUAAGACUAUCAGUUUAGGCAUUGAAGCUGUUUCCUGCCGUCUGUUGCUAUAGAUGGCAAGGAUGGAAAUAGAUUGAAACUUGAAAAGAUUGGGAAAACUUUUUCAAGUUUUAAGCUAUGCCUGCAAAAAUCACCAAAAAAAAAAUAAUUAUGCUUAAUGUUCCCUUCUGAAAUUUGUUUGAUUUAUGCCUUCUUCAUAACCUUGCAGGAACAUUUUGUGUAUGGGUGGUAAAGGCACUAAUAAAUGACUUCAGUGCAAAUAUGUCCUACACUGUUCACAGUCCACUAUUUUUUUUGUAAGAUCGUUGAAAUCAAGCGAUUUGCGUUACUGGCAGCCAUCUUGGACGAGUGUCAAAACCACUUAGCGAGCGGGGUAUGGUUUGGGAGGAAGCGAGGAAAAUAUUUUUCUCGCCUUCCUUUUGGCCUGCGUUUUAAACCCCAACGCCCGCCCCUUGGGUACAUAUGAAACCAAGAUUGCCGUCCAUACCGGUAACCGCCUUACGAAAAAAUAGGGGACUGUGAAUGUGCAGUCUAGAUAUGACCUAAAACAGCAUUAUCCUCGUAGCAUAGCCCCUUUUAAUAUCAUAUCGAUGGAGGAUUUCAUCUCUUGGUUAUACCACUUUAUAGAUCCUCUAUAUCUCCUGGUUGUACUACUUGUAUAGUUCAUACGAUGGCUACUAUUUCAUACCCACUGUUUGUACCGUGGUUUAUCUGCUAGCGUAAGUCAAGACAAUAUGCGCGUAUGUUUGCUCUGGUUUAUAUAUUCAUAAUGCUGGUUCUGAAUCAGGGAGCUUAUAUUCGGAGUGCAUAAUCGUCUGAAUAGUUCCCUACUUAAGCGCCUCUAUCUUGUUUUCGUGCAAUUACAAUUUUCGUUACAUCUCUCAUCUCUUUUAAAGACUGGGUUACAAAGUACCAGCCUUUGAGGCAGUCUUUGUUUUCCGCGCCUAAAAUGUCUCAGACAAUUUGUCAGGAAGAGCAAAAUUUUCAGCAUCCAAUGAAAAUAAAUGGCGGAUGGCGAAUGAAAGAAUAAAAAAGCCAAGGUAGCUCUUCCUAUUCAUCUCUGAGAUGGUCCUUCAACUUCGUUAUUAGGUUCAGAGUCGUCAGAACCUAUCAAAGAAAAAGCGAUUCUCUUGAAGAUUUCCGGCCGUUCCUCGAUAAAAGAAUCUAAAAAUAAACCGAAAUAUUCCACCCCGCGGUGACGCUUACUGGUAGUAUAUGGCAUAUGCAUGGAAGCUCCGCAGUAGCUUGGAUCGAGUGAUAAAUCAAACAUGUAACGUGUCCCUUAUAACAUAUAUUCCACACCUCAUCCAUCUUACACUCAUUAGUGCGCAUGCUCUAUCUCAUCCACUUACUUUCGAUCUCUAUACGGUUCCUGAUACUCCAUGAGCCUUCUCGAGUUCCUUAACCCAUUCGCCCCUUAACCGCCCGUAACCGCCCGUGCGGAUCCACCUCCUUUCUACUCUUUGUGACGUCAUCAGUUUUAAUGGUCAAGGACAACUUUGUCCGCUAACUUGUGCAGAGUGAAGAGAUCUUUCAAACCAUACCAGAAUGAGCACAAUUCAGUCAAGGACACCGGAGAAAGGGACAAAAAACCAUGUAACAUUGACCUGAAAAUCUCCAUGAAAAUCUUGUUCCAUUGCCCACCUACCUUUCCUUUCACCUAAUCCUAAGAUCCUAAAAGCUUUCCUAAAAACUAUUCCCACCAAAAUGAAGCCUACUAAAUGCCCAGCAAGAGAAAAAAAAAAUGAGGCAAGAAAAGCGAAAAAAGAGGGGAGGAGAGAAAGCGAAAAGUAAAAGUCGACUGAAAUUUUGCUUUCUGCGCAUGCCCGAACUUGGCAAGCUGAUAUUUUGCAUCUGGAUCAGAAGGCCAUGAAAUGUACGACCUGUAAACCGGUUUGGGGUAAGUUUUAGCUCUUUAUAGCACGACAGUGACCAGAAAACUACUCGACUAGCUUCAAAACGCGUUUUUCGGCAAAAUCUCCAGGAGCGAAUGGGUUAAGCAAAGUACCAAACUUUUUGAAAAAAAUCCACUUUUCAGGAUAAAACAACCAAAUCUGUCUAGAAUUUCAUGUCAAAUAGGUGAAAAAGUUGGUAAAAAGCCAUUUUUAGGUUUUUUGAUUAAUAACAUUUUGGCAUUCUAAAGUGUUUUAUUUUAUUGUUCUGGCUGCUCGGUACGUACUGCUACUUUGAUUUUCCUGAGUUUUAGUAGAAAAUUUUCAUAGCUAAUGUACACAUGCAUCAACAGAAAAUACCAUAAUAUGUUGGUUGUAGAGUAGUAUAACAGUGAGUACAUUAGUCCCCUAAUAGCCCUUUGUAGAACCACCAAACAAGAAAUCUAUGAUUCUUUUUUACUGCUGAUUUUCCAAUUAAUGAGAAGCUUCCGCUUUACUCUUCUCUCUGCAGUAAUUUUUUUUGUCGCAACUUGCCAAGCGAGUUUGUAACAUAUAACUAACAGAGGCAAAUGAUUGCAUUUUAUGCCUGUAAUCCAUUCCCUAUAGAUAGAGAAGAACGACAUAAUUUCGAUUAUAAUAAAUUUAGUUAUUUUUAAAUAACCAACGCACUUUUGGUGAAAUGAGUUUUCCAAGAAAGGUUUUCAAAAUUGUUGAAAUUAAAGGUUUCUUAAUCAGCGGUUGUCAGCUGUCUAGACAACGCUAAAUCGUUCUGCAUUUAUUGGCGCAGGAUUUUUUUAUAGAGUCAAUGAAAGCCUGCCAAACGAUCAUGUCACUUAAACCGAUCGCGAGCAGUAAAACUAUCUGACUGAGGGACGGUCGCUUAAUUUUUUCAGGGCCUUUUUGUAGAGAUAUCUAAAAAAGAUUAUCUUAAGUGAAUUCUGUUAAUUGAAAACACUUUGAUAUUUAUUCGCUACGAAUGUUUGGGUAGGCAACUUUAAAGUGAUUUAACUGCAUGAAAUCCACAUUGGCGCCCUUAAAUCAACUCAAUUAUAUUUUUACCCUUUUUUGUCUUCGCAUUAAAGCUAAUGGUUUUCUUAGUCAUAACACUGAAUUUUAUUAUUAUUAUUAUUAUCAUUAUCAAUAGAAAAUUGCAUGCAAAUGAGUGAAUCAACUCCAAAGUUUAAAAAAGCCAGCUGAGUUGACUAUCGUUCAAAAAAAUGAUUUUAGCAAUCCUGUAAAUGAAUUUUCUAGCAAUUGACUUGUUUUGAGCGUGUUUUCGUAAGUUUCAAAUUAGAAGUCACCACACAGGCAGUGAGUAGUGAUCACCAAAACACGGCCAAAAAUGACACUUACACCAUCCGACCUUAUUUUUUCGUCAUGACACAAAACGGCCGAAUUUACUUUACAAAGUAUAUAUUUGCAGAUAUUUACCACCUUGUCGGCUUGUUGAUUGAAGCAAGUUAUUAAGGGCAUGGGAAAAUCCCAAUUGGUAUUAAAUUAUUUCUAGCCAAUCAGAAGUUUCACAGGGAGAUCAAUAAGCCUUGCAAUCGCCCGUUUGGCGGCUAUAAAGUAAGAACAUCAAAGCUCUCCGGAUGCGUCAUUACAAGGCCAAAGAAUUUAAAAUAGCUGAUUCGUCGCAGAGUUUUCCCUGCAUGGUAAAAACCAGGUAAAUGAUGCAUUUAUUUAUCACUCGCAUUACAAAAAAAAAAGAAGAAAGAAAAGUAAAACUUUCGGGAAAUAGGUACAUCAGUCAAGGGGUAUAUACUAUCAUAUUUGUUUAUAAUGUUUUAAAAGCGUGUAUACGUGAACUAAUGAAAUGUACGCAGUGAGGGCUUUUCGGAGUAAUAGGCACCCGAGUAAGUCGGCAUUCCGCACCAGGAAAGGAAAGUAAGUAGAGUUGGUUCACUCUUCAAAGAGCCAGCAUUAGAUCACACCCUAGCGUGUGCCGUAAAAGUGACGACACUCAAACAAGCGACUUAUAAAACGCCUUUGUUGUCAAUUUUUACAUCGACUAAUAAAAAGUCGUUUUCAUUAUUUUUGAUAAAUUAAGAGUGUCUCUUGAAAUAAUGAAACUCGUCGCUUUCUUUUCCGUGGAAGUGAUCGGGCUCAAAUCGUUCUGUUUUUCAAGCUGUCCUCAACGUAGGUUUCCCAUUUUUCUUGGACCACAAAGGUCGACGAUAUACUUGCAUUUUUUUUAUAUGUUUACUGUAAAUGGCAAUUAUUAAAAUGAACCGACCUAGAAGUUAUAAAAUUUUGUUAUGAUAAAUUAAACUGGUAAGGCAUUUUUUUGCUUUUUUCAUUUGUGCGCUCUUUGGCGUUUGGCAAGAAAGGAUCAAUUAGGUCCUCGCUCAAUAGUUUUGGUGAUUUUGAAAAAAUUAAAAACUGAAUCAUUGGAUAAUGCAAUUCUAGAGCUCUGAUUGGCUUAGCCAUCAUGGUAUAUGAGCUAUUAUACCAAGCUCUCGAAAUAUGGUGACUGUACACGCCUGCUCAAAAUUAAAAACAAGCUGAAAUUUGGUUGUUUUUACAAAUAAAGUCGGGACGAAUUCUCGAUAUUUUGUGGGCGUUUUUAAUAAAACAAUUAUUCCACUCGCGCUUGUUGGAUAUGAGAUCAUUAUAGCCAACUCACAUCCAACGCGUUACCUGAAUAGAUAGUUCGCCAAAAGCGGAUGAUAAUGAUUUUUCGCUUAUUCAAAUCCGCGCUCAUUCAAGCGAAUGUUUGAGUUUAUCAUUUGUAAUGGGAUCUGUCGUUCGCUUGAUUAUUUGCUUUAGUCGUUCUUAUAAUGCCCGCAAUUUAAUUUACGUGGUAACAUUGCCAAGAAAUUAAACUCACGUCAGUAUAGGUGACAUUUGAGCUUGCAAGCAAAACAUAUAUUAAAGGAGUUCCAAGGGGGUGCGGAGGACCAUUAGGUAAACAAACUGACGUGCUUUUAGCUCGAUGUGUUAUAAAUUUUCCCAUUUGCAAUAAAUAUUAAAAUUAGUGUGUCUAACCGUAACAAGGAAUCAAUUCCACGAGGCAAAACGAGAUGAACGAUGAAUGAUCGAUCGUCCAGUCUUCAGUUAACUUGGUUGGUUUAGGUCAAGUUGGCAGCUGAAUUCAUAGGACGCAUGUGGUAUAAAUAAUCUAUUCCCUGUUUGUUUUAGCAAUAUUUUGUUCUUCUAUGUUGUGAAAAUAAAACAUCACUAUUACGCACAAACCAUUAACCAAGGAUCGCGUAACAGGGAUUUACUGUGGUUUUAAAUGAUACUUUGAGCAUUCAUUGUGGUGUGAAAAAGUCUUUGACGAGAAGUUGUUAAUGGAUGUCAUGAAAUUUUUGAGUAAGGCAGUAAGCCACUGAGUAAUUCUAGAUCUGAAAACCAAAACCCACUGGUAUGUUUAUCGUUGCAUAUGAGUCUGGAAUUAAUAUUAUUGAUUAUUUCACAUACCAUCUAACUAAUCGAUACCCCACAGAUACAAGACAUGGUUUCUAACCGGCAGUAGCUAUUUAAAACGAGGUAGAAUCAGUACAUCGGUAUCCUGGCUCCAUAAAGCAGUCAAACUCGAAAGCGUAUCAUUGUCACUGAAGUUGCAGCGUGUGGCAGACCAUUGUCGGAAUAGCGAUUCUCUACACAUGGUUGGUUAGAGUAAUUUUCAAUUGAGUGUCGAAAGAAAUCCGGGAUUGCAUUGGUUUUGCUUUACUGUGCUCUGUGAGUGGUCUAGAAAACUCGCGCCACCUUCUAAGCCAAUCAGAUACAAAACUAAAACCAAUCGCGACCUGGUUACUCGCGUUUUCCCGCGCUUAAGGCUGGUUACAUGCGUUUACUUCGAUUUCUCAUUGGCUCCCUCUGAUAUUUUCGUUUGUUCUAAUUGGCCGUUGUGAUUACUUUGGUUUUGGUUUUACGACACUCAAUCGAAAAGCGCUCUAAAAAAUGUCGCAUCAAGACGAAAUUUGGCAGGGGAAGUGACUGCUGAUUUAUGAAAGGAAGUUAAAUUAUGUCUUCAUUUUAAGGUGUUUUGAUACAUAUUUUAGGAGGCCAUACAGAUAUUUUUCAAUCGCUUUAAAAGUGAUUUUAAUGCUGUCCGAUCGCUAUAAAACUUUCACCUGUGACUGACCAUGAAUUGAAGUUUGUGAAAAUGCAGUUUUAAUUAAAAUCGAUAUCACUAUGGCAACAAUAAACAAAAAGACUUUGAAAUUGAUAAAAGCCGAAUUUUGCGCGAUCUAGACCUGCUAUAAUUUUGUACGUUUGAAUUCAAAUAAAACGUAAAACUAUUUUAAGCCUUGUAAUUUAAAUAGCCGUGAAAAACUGAUUAAUAAAAAAGCUCUAAAUGACUCAAAUUAAUCUUAAACAACGUUUUAAUGCUGCUGAGUAUCAUUUUUCGCUGUUUGGAAAUUCUAGUGUAUUUUCUUUCUUGCGAUCCUCAAAACUUACCAGUUUUCUCACCACUUGUCUAAGUGCAACUUUAUUCUAAAUUUUGACUUUUAGUGCUUUUCUGUAUAUCCCUGAAAGAGCUCGACAGAAUGAUUUUCGAACCUCAUCACAUAAUCUUUAGGAUGUAUAUAAUAAUGUCUGAAACUUUCAUUAGAAUUGAUUCUCUUGAAAUUUAAAGACGAACCUAGCCCACGAACUGGCCAAAAAUCCGCUUUACAACUUUCACUGUUUUGACGUUUUGUUAAUUUUUCCAGUGAGAUUAUAUCUCAACCAUAAAUACCUCCAUGAUUAGUAUAUUUCAAUGUGAAUACUUUCAAUACUUUACGUUCAAAAAGGUGCAAUAAAAUUCGUUGAGUCAUGGAGGUAUGUAAGGCGAGCAUUAAUUUCAAAAAUUAGCAUAACGUCUAAACAACGAAUGUUAAAUCGAAGAUUUUUGGCCGGUUCGUAUGCUAGGUUUGUCUUGAAAUUUUCUUAAUGAAAGUUUCAGACAUUAUCAUGUACAUCGUCAAAAUUUAAUAUGUGAUGAGGUUUGAAAAUAAUUUUGUCGAGCUGUUUCAGAGAUAUACAGAAAAGCACGAAAAGUCAACAUUUAAGUAAAGUUGCACUGCCUGCACGGUGAGAAAACAGGUUACUAUAGAUUUCAGGAUCGCAAGAAAGAAAAUACACCAGAAUUUCCAAACAGCAAAAAACGAUAUUAUGCAGUAUUCUGACGCUACUUAAGGUUAAUUUGAGUCAUUUAGAACUUUUUUACUAAUCAAUUUUUAAUGGCUAUUGAAAAUGAAAGGUUUGAAAUAUAUUUACGUUUUAUCUGAAUUCAAACAUAAGAAUUGUUUACUUCUCACUGAGGUUAUUUGCUAUUCACUACACUUUAAGUUCUUGGUGUCGCAUUUUCAGCAAAAUUAUUCUUUUAUCGAUUUCAAAGUGUUUUGUUUAUUGUUGUCAUAGUGAUAUAGAUUUUACCUGACAAGCUUCAGUCCAAAAUCAGUCAGUGGAGAAAAUUUUAUAGCGAUCGUAUAAGGAUUAAUCACUUUUAAAGCGCUUAAAAAGUAUCGCUAUGGCCUGCGCAAAACUGUAUCGAAACACCUUAACUAUAUGUUAUGAGUCAGAAUAUCUUAACAAUUUGUCUGUUCAUAGCAUAUUUCGCUUGGUCAGAUGUGAAACUUUGUAACAGUCUAAGCUUAACUGUAAACAAUUCCCUUCAAUUAAAUCCUUUGGUUGGAUUGAAAGAAUAGGGUGUGUUAUACUAUAAUAUAGUUUUGUUAUCUUACACGUAAAUCAGUUCUGUCGCAAAUGGUUGUGUUUAGUUGCUCCUGUUGCCGUCGUUGUUUUGACGAGCUCUUUUUCUCCUUUAGACAAAACAUUUUGAGAUAUUACACUGAGGAAAGAUGACUAAUCUUUCACCUCAAGACAGUGUCAGCACGAGUGAAGCAUUUCCGAUGAAGACUCGCGAGUACAAGACCUUAAAUCAACCUAGAACUGAAAUAAAGAGUAACGACCCCGAAAGAGAGCGCAACAACAUUCCCUCGACAAGCCAACAGAGCCAAGAUCGCAAAGCAUUCUGGGGAGAUGCUAGACCUCCAAACCGUAGUACCUUAGCCAGCGGCCACUUAACGAAAACCGUGUAUGAAACCUGUGCAAGUGGAUCACAAAACAGAGCUGUGUACCAGGCGGGUAGAAUGAGCCUACCACUGAACGGAAAAUAUGCAAAUAAUUAUUACAUUAGAGCAAACGGUGCGAGCUCUAAGCCUGGGACUCCUUACGGUCAAAUUGGGGUAAACGGCGUGAAAUCACUCCUACGGCGAUCUCAUUCUGGAAAUUUAAACUGUUGUGGUUCUUCUCUGAACUGUGUGUUUCAAGGAAGAGACCCCGAGAAACCUUGGAAAAGCAAAGGCGAUUAUUUUGUGGCCGUCCUCACAUAUUUGCUGGGAGUUGGAAAUGUCAUCAGGUUUCCGCAGCUUUGCUUCAAGCACGGGGGAGGUAAGAAGUCUCUCUACUAAGGGCAAUUAAAGCAGUUUUCUAUCAAGGCUAACGCCUCGGUAAGAAUGGUAGCAGAUUCGGACAAACCUUUAAUGUGCAGUCGCCAUUUGGAAUGGCCAACUGCCCCCUUAGAAUAAAUAAUACUUACAGCAUGAGAAAACGUCAAAAAAGGUUUGACCAAAUUAAGCGUACCAAGGAACCGAGAAUAUGUUUAACGGCUGUGAGAAACUAAGUAGUGUAUAAUGAAAUUUGUUUGGAUGAAUUGUGUUUUGUAGUUCUGUAGCGGUUUUAAGAAGUAAUUUGAAGGUUUUGUAUUCGUUACUUAAGUGUGAAAAAAAAGUAUUAAAAGUUGUUGAACGAAAAAAAAACAACGAAAAUAUGGGGGUGACAAGAAGACGUGUUCGUCCAAGCCAAAAUUGUUUUAAAAGUUUUUUUUUUCCUUUUUUUUUAACAAUAAACAGAGCAAUCAUUUUUUGGUGGGCUGACUGGUCGAGAGUUAUGGUCAAGGAGCUUAUAGACCAUGGAAUUGUAGCCUGUUACAGGCGUUCAGUCUUAAUUCAGUCUUCAGUCUUAGUCUCUAAAUGGAGAGGGAGGGGGAAAAGGCGGAAGAAAGGAAGAGGGAGAGACGAGAAUGGCGUAAUAUUUGUUUAGGACUAACAUUACUCCGAAACUGUCCGAAUAUAGGCAGUCAACCUUCUACUUGUGUUAAUUUUUAGUCUGGUCAUUUAAAUUUGCUUAUUCUGUGUUGUUUUAAAGGAGCAUUUUUCAUCCCAUACUUCAUUAUGCUAAUCAUAGAGGGAAUUCCCUUGCUCUGCUUGGAGAUGGCGGUCGGUCAAAGACUGGGUCGUAACUCGGUCGUCGAAUCAUGGAAGGAUCUAAGUCCCAGUCUCCGGGGGAUUGGCAUUUCUGCGGCGUUGAUGAGCCUGGUGACGAUUUUUUAUUACAAUUACAUUGUAGCAUGGUGUCUGUACUACUUCGUUCAUUCAUUAAGAAGUACACUUUUUUGGAGCGCAUGUCCUACUGUAGACCUUAAUGGAACCAAAAUUGAUGUGAUAGAGUGUGCAAAAAGCAGCCCAGCCGAGUACUACUGGUACAGAGACACAUUAGACGUUGCAGAUGAUAUUGACAAUAGCACGGGUGAGAAGAUGACGUCAUCACAUUAUUUCAUACCAAAUGAUUUGCUGCAUGAAAAUCAUUGUAAUAGUAACCCUAUAUCGCUCUUCGCUCCUGCUUUCGAUUUAUCUACUGUUCUUUCUUAGUCUCUCUAUUGCCCCAUGAUAGGGAAUCCGGAUUCCCUCAUGCGAGAAAUUUUUGCUUGUAAAAUCCGGAAUCCUGGAGUUUAGAAUCCGGGAUGCAGCCAAAGGACUCCGGAAUCUCACCAGCGAUUGGAAUCCGGAAUCCAAAUCCAAAUUCCACUGACCAAGAAUCCGGAAUCCAUGGCCUGGAAUACAGAAUCCAAGACUGUCUUGGACUCCCUUACAUGGGGCGAUCUCUGUAUAGCUGCUAAGUGCUAAUAACUCUCCCUGAACAACAACAAAACAAAGUAAUUACGGUCACCUAGGGAUGAUCCUUGCAGUUUUUAAGUCAUGGGCGAUGAGGCGGGCAUCUCAUUAAGUGUGUUACUAUUACAGAGAGUAUAACGCUCCAGGAUGUUUAAAAUAGGAUUAGGAUAGCCCUAGAUUUCAGUAACAUUUAAGGAAAGAGUAUUUUGACGAUGUUUAGCAUAGACCCUAGCUUAAGACAAUCAGUAAAGUCGUUUAUAAAUGGUUUAUUUUAGGUCGAUAAAUUAAAUAGCGCUGGCAUGUUCCAUUCUGCGCUAUAUGCCUUCUGGACGCUGAUCAUAAUAAACAAAGUUUAAUUGUCUGAUGAGGUGAUAUUCCGCAAAAAAAUGAUAACAGAGUGCCAAAUGUUUUUUAAAAAAAUAGACGUUUCGGGUGUAUGACCCUUCUUCAGUGCGAGGAAAACCGUUGUAAUGGUUGUGCUUGGAUUAGCCACUUGAUUACCAACGAGAUAAAAAUAUCAGGACAUUUUUUCGCAUUUAUUUGUUUACGAAUGUUUAAACUUGUUUUGACAGGAAUCAACAUGUAUAUGUACCUUUUCGUCGUAGCGUCAUGGACUGUGUCAUUUCUUCUGACAAUGCGGGGCUCUCGAGGCGUUUCAAAGGUUUGUAUAUGUGCCAUGUCUCCAGAGGUCCGCCUCGAAGUACCUAGGAUGAAGUAAACCGUGUUCACGGUUUGAUAAAGUUUCCGAGACAGUUUUUUCUUGGCGCUUUGCGCCUUGCAGUCGUGUCUUCGCGGCGAACUGUCAGGAAUCAGAUAAGACAAAAAAAAACCCUCUAGCACCCAGGCUAGUGUCACUGAGAACUGAAAUUCCGGGAAGAAAAUUGCACAACCAAGACGUUUUCAUAUACAUGUAACGUAUGAAUCUACAUAGCAGAGCUCUCUCGCGCGCCAAGCGCGCGCAGCGCAGCACCACAGGUGAAAAAAUUUGUUUAUCUAUGCAUUCAAGAAAUUUUGGUUCUGACAAAAUCGUCCGUACGUACGUCCGUGCGAACGCUCUUUCAUGUUAGUAGAUGUGAAAUGGGACAGUUACUAGCUUGGAGUCCAAGGCAUAUACUGUGUGUUUGAGGUGACGUAUUUUUAAAGUUAUUAGCUGACCAGUUUUUGGUUUUCAAUUGAUCGCGGGCUCAGGAUUUUUUAAGGUAGAAUCAGGUGGAAUUCAGUUUGCUUUCUGCUUACGGCAAAAUUUUAAUUGCUUGAGAAAGACAUUUCUUAAAAGAUCCCUCGAGGGCUUCGUUUUUGGCCUUGGCUAAAUCUAUAUAUUACUAGAUGUCAUUUGUAAGGGACCCUCGCCAGUAUUGAUUCAAUUUAUAGCUUACAACUAGUUACUAAGGGAUAUUCCUGACUGUCUUUCCCACAUCACAAUAUCAACAGCACUAGGGUAGGACAAUUAGCGAGAGGUCUUAAUACUACGGACCGGGCGACAAGGACGAGAUCAAGAUCUACUUUUCAUCCCAGAGAUUUUCUCAUACGUUUAUUUAUCUAAAAUAAUCACAAACAAUUAUUCUGAAAGGCCUAGCGGUUGACCGGCUCGUCGCUGCCAAGAAACAGAUCCAGAAAAUGAUCAGUGUGGGAUUCAAAACCACGAUCUCUCUAUUGAAAGUGAGACGCACUGACCAUUUGGCCACGCUGACUCCCGUGAUACUCGAAAGCCGAAUUCGUUUCGUUCAUAUCACCGAGUAUUAAUUAAACGCCGCAUUACAUAACUGGGUUUGUAUUAAUCCAUUAACACGGAUAUACUUGUUAUUUUACAGAUUUUAACCGUGACUCUAACGUUCAUCAUCAUCAGCCUCGUUAUCUUUUUCUUUCUUGGUGUUCAUCUGGACGGUUGGGCUGAAGGAUUAGCUCUACUUUUCAUCCCAGAGGUUUGCUUCUCAAUAUUAGUGGCGGACUUAGAAGAGUAACGCCCACUCCCCAUAUUUACAUGAAAACCGAGGCCCGCGGUGCCAUAGCACAGAGGUGCUUCGUUUCGGCCAGCGUGCAGGCCCCUCCUUAACUCAAAGUCGGAAUCGGUCAUUAUUGACUUUAUAAGCGAGCUUUCUUCUUAGAGACAGCACGCUAAGUGGCUAACAAGAUAGUCCCUAAAGUGAUACUGCCCUUUAGGGGCGAGCAUCCUUUGUGGUAAUCUUAUGGUUUGUUAUAUGAAACCAUUCCAACACGACUGCUGCACUAGUUUGAAAUUAGUUAUGCAUUUUCUUGAUUAAAGAGAAAAGCUUUGAGAUGCAAUCUAGUCGUCUGAAUAGCACAGUCAUUUAGAAUAACCAUUCAAAUGUAAGGAUGAUCUAAGCAACAAGUUAUUCAUAACUCAGAUGCAUCGGAAAGAGUCUAAGGACUUUUAAUUAGUGCAGAGUAGAUCUCCCUCAGCAUUAACAAAUUAAUUCGUAAAGAGACGCUCAGAUCUAAUCCUGAAUUAAAAUACCUCAACUCACCCUUCAGUGAAGUAUUCUUGAGGAAGGUUCAACAAAUCUUGCUGGCAAGCUUUCGGAUGUAAGAGGAGGGAAGGCGUAUUCUUUCCCCUAUAAUACAAUAGUCCAGUUUCGAAUUAAAAAUUACCCCUGAAUACAAACAUUAACGACACAUUCAUACAGGGUUAGCAUCGACGUAAAGUAAAAUAUUCAGAAAUUCUGGCAAGUAAGUGUCUGAAAUUUGAAUAUACACAAUAGACAGAGUAAUAAACAGGUCUUUUUCUCGUUGGAAUUUGUGAAUAUAUUACUUCAGAUGGAGGCUAAGGCUGUAAAAAAUGCGUCUUCACUUCUUUAAUUCAGCGGUCAUAGCGAACUCGAAAAUGGACUAUUCAAACCCAGAACCGACCAGUUAAGACGCGCAACCCCAUAUGAUGACCAACAGAGCUCAAUCAAAUUUAUCAUUUUCCGCAGUGGGAAAAACUCAAGGAUCCAGUCGUAUGGAUGGACGCUGCAGGACAAAUCUUCUACUCUCUAGGGGUGGGGUUUGGAACUUUAACUCUCUUCUCCACUGGCCACAAGCCCAACAACAACUUCUACAUGGACGCAGUCAUGAGCGCCCUGGGGAAUUGUGGGACAUCGCUAUGGGCGAGCAUCAUCAUGUUCUCUUUAUUUGGGUUUAAAGCGAGUUAUGAAGUCAAGGAAUGUAAAGAAAUGAGUCGAAACGCUUCUGUUGACAACAACGGCUCCUGUAGCAGAGAAGAAAUAUUUCAAAAGGUAGGUAAUCCUCUGAUUAGCUAUAAAAUAAAUUCAGAUACGGUUUGAGAGUGUCCCGAACUGAAAGGUUCAGGGGUAACCGGCAAGGAAAAUAGUCAAAGGGGUGUCACUUAGGGCCCGGGGCCGGGAUUUCUCCGCGGCUACAUAUAAGCAUGACCCUCCAGAUUACUUUCAAAGGAAACGAGAGGAAAAAAGAAAAAAAAGAACUUCUUAUCCAACAACUUUAAAUAUUAGAGACACCUCUGAAAGGAUUUUUUAGCUUGCCUGUAUUAAUAGACAGACUGUAUAACACUUGGGUUCUCAAUGCGUAUUAUUAAAGUUGUUUUUAUCCGUGGUUAUGUCUUUCAGCUUCCACCAGGGUUAUCCCUCGGGUUUGCAGGAUUAAGCGGAACAUUCCCAAAGAUGCCUUGGUCGCCAUCGUUGUGGUCCUCAUUCUUCUAUUUUCUUCUCUUUCUACUUGGUUCCUCAAGCAUGCUGGGUAUGAUUGAGAUCGUCCUUAUCACUUUUAAAGAAAUAAAACUUUUUACGUCACAAUGGAGAAAAGAACUGCUUUGCGGUAUGUUUAAUUUACUUAAUUUUAUUACUACAGUCGACUCUCUCUUAUCUCAGGUAGUCUGCUAUUUUUUUGGUCUGAAAUAUAAGGGGGUGGUCUAUCUUCAAAAUAAAAAUUUGUGGCAAGAGUGAGAAGUGGUCAUUGCAUUAUCCCUGUUAAGAUAGUAUUUUUGAGAUUGACAUCACCAUGGUAACGUGUUGCGUGACCAAGUAACGCUUCAUUUCCGUAUUUUUUCUCUAAGGAUUCUGCAGGCAGUGUAAAAAAACUUUUACUGGGCAUUUUUAUAGGUGUUGUUUUUACCUAACUAACGUACUUUCCAAAGUCAACUGGAAUGGUGGUAUGCCUACCCUUGAUGAAUGUUUUCUGGCUGUCACUUGACAGGAAAAUCAUUACAUUUCAAUGACCACGUGACCUGGACAUGCCUUCCAGUUAGUUUCGUGUACAUCCCGAUACGUCCGAUAAGCAAAACACUUUCCGCGCGUUAUUUGUUAAGAUAAGUGUGCAUAAGUUCUCCUGCAGAUGGGCUCAAGUCAAAAUGGUAAUUGGAUAACUCAAUGAGUCACGUGAUCCUUAUCUUGACAACUUUCAUUCAGACUUAAUCUUUACAACGCGUUUAAGCCCUCAUGGAAGUUUCUUGCCAAUACGUUGCAUACUUACAGAGAUAGGCCACCCCCUUCAUUUUUUCAUGUUUUUUUACGUACCCUGCCUUUCUUUACUCCCUCUAUUUGACUCUCUAUAAGACAGACACUUAUGUUGGUCCCAAAGGUGUCAGUCUUAAAGAGACUUGAUUGUAAACACCUCAGUCCUGCAAUCUCGCGCGAAAAAAGUAAGCCCCCAACGUUUACCAUCCCGCUCUUGUCUGCAGGCCACUGCCAGUUACUUCUCUCACAUUAUCGUCCAAAGCUAGGGGACAAAAGCUUCCAAUCCACCAGCGCAAAUUAUUUGAUAUGGAGGACUGCGAGUGGUUAGAGAAAGGACUGUUUAAGAGCGGAGUUAAGCCCACUUUUUAGAAAGAACAUCUAUAGAUGUCCGUUUCUAUAAGGCGUACAGGGGCAUAGAGUAAAAGGAUCACCUAAGCGAAUGCUUUGAUAUUUAAUCAGAUUCCGUCAACUAAUUCUUUCAGGAAAUUUAUGGGGCUUAGUCUGGAGAAUAUUUUUCUGGAUAUUGUAGCCUACGUGUAGUCGCACCCUCCCCCCGACAUUCGUCAGGGGGAUUCCGUUUUUCCUUUGUCGGGGGAAGGGUACGUGCGGCUAGACGUAGGCUUUUAAUAUUGGCGCUAAGAGAGACUCCGCGCCGGUGUAUAUUCGAUCUCUCGUCACAUGUAAGGGAAUUUGACAAGACAGUCUUGGAAUGCGGAGUCGAGGUGCUGGAUUCCGGAUUCCGGAUUCUUUGUCAGUGGUACUUGGAUUCUGGAUUGUAAUCGUUAGUGGGAUUCCGGAUUCGUUGAGCUGUAUUCCGGAUUCCAAAGUCAAGGAUUCCGGAUUCCACAUGCAAAAGUUUCCCGGAGUCCAGAAUUCGGAUUCUCAUACACGGGGCGAACUUUAAGUGUACUAUUUCUCUUUUAUUUCAUGUUUCUUAGGUUUAUUCUGUCUGACCAUGUGUAUCAGCAACCUAUUAUUCGUACAGUCAACUGGCUUUUACUUGUUAGAGAUUAUCAGUUCCGCUAGUUCCAUUCCCCUGCUCCUAACUGGCCUGGUGGAGUGUGUGGGUGUAACUUACAUCUACGGAGUAGACAGGUACUACAUAAUCCGCUCUCGAAGUUAAGAACUGAGGAAAUUAAGGUUAUUGUUUUAAGAUGGAUUUCUGCUGUCGAGUAAUUCUUACGCUCGUGCAUAAAAUAGAGGCAAUAUAUGGAAGGUCACGCGUAAACAUAAAAGUUAAACCUCCCUCAGCUUUUACGUUUACAAGUGGCCUUUCAAUUUCAUACAUUGCCACUAUAAUUAUCCCCUGGUCUCCCUCCCACUCACCCGGAGACAACAACCACCAGUGAAUCCGUUUGGGCAUCUUUAUUGAACGAGCGAGAGGACCCGAGGCCUCGAGAGGAGACCCCAGGGAGGGAGGGAGGGUGCUAAAAUUGAUGUUGCAGCGAACGAGCGAACUGACAAGGAUAUAAAAUGACAACUAGCGCCGUGAAGAAAACAGCUGACGAGCCGCGAGGGCCUGGGUCUAAUUAAGUUAUUCCUAAGAAUAUAAACAAUUAUCCCCUGGUCUCCCUCCCACUCACCCGGAGACAACAACCACCAGUGAAUCCGUUUGGGCAUCUUUAUUGAACGAGCGAGAGGACCCGAGGCCUCGAGAGGAGACCCCAAACCAAGAAAGAGGCCCAAAGGAUUCACAGAGGGGGGCGAAGUCAGAGGGGAAGCAGAGGGGAGAGAAAAAUUAGAGAACAUGGCACGAUAUGAAAAAAAGGCACAAAAGGUACAGAAAGACAUAAGCAAAGCGAAUUGUGAACAAAACCAGAACAAUGAAAUCUGUGCCAAAAUAAAGAAAUAAAUUUGGGGAACCGACAAAACGAUCUAUGAACCGUAAGAACUGAACGUGCUGAGGACAAAACGAGCCUGUCCGCCAAAGAGGCAGUGUCAAUAACUAUGCAGGCUACUAAAAGUAGACUAAACUAUAACAGCUGAAUGUGCUGAGAAAUAACAUGAGACAGCACAAGUCUGUCUGCCAAAGGCAGUGUCAAAUAGAGCAUGUAGGCGUCGGAUCUCCAAUCACCCUGGACUUUGAUGAGCUCGGAGGGGAUCCCGCACUGAAAGGCGAAGGUGGCACCUCCACGACGCAGGCUGUGACCGGAGAAAUCCUGAGGAUUGAGAGAAACCGAAGACGCCAAAUACUUGAUACUAGCGUUUAAAGAAGAGGCUGUGAUACAGUCAUGGUGAUGAGAAGCGGUGGUGUAUGUGAAGAGCGGGAAGCCAGCCGGGGCGGAAACCGAGUCGAGUAACAAUCGCAGGGCAGCGGUGGGGCAAAGGGGAGAUCCAGGAAUACGAGGAACUGGUACCACGAGUGCUGCAUCGCCGGCCUGCCGUGUUUUUGUCCGGGUGACUGUGAGGAGAGCACCUGAGGUGGCAAAAGUGAUGCUGCCCCUGGACAAUGUAUGAUGAGAGGAGAACUUGUCAAAGGACUGCGGGACGAGGUUGGCAGUUCUGAAGAAGGAGAAGAAUCCGACAAGCAGGGCGCACCACACAGCUAGAUGGGCGGAGUCGCGAACAUUAAGAUGGUGGUAAAAUUGCAGCAAGAUGGCUGGGGUCAGAGGUGCUUUCCGAUGAGGAAGGUGAACCAUAGACUUCUCCAAACCUUUUUGGGUAAGCUUGACAUGGAUGUCAUCGAAGGCGGAAGUCUCGAAAUGGCAAAACACGUGUAAACGCCGUAGUGCGCUCAAGUAGUUGUUGACUGUGCGAUGUGACUUAACGGAGAAGCCAAGCAGGGUGAUAAACGCAGCGAUGGUCGAUGAGGAGGCUGGAAAGGGAGUGAUAGAGUAAAAUUGGCAGAAUUUUAAGUACGUGUUCCAGACGGAAUGAUAAUUUCGCUUGGUGGAAUCAGACAGAGCGAAGGCUUGAAUCCUGGUGACGCAGGAGUGAAGGUCAUCAAGGUGAAAACCUGCAACCAAAUAGAGAGGUGAUUACCAUUGACAGUCAAAAUGGAAUAGGUCUGAAUGACAAGUGUACUCUGUGAGAGUGUCAUAGUGAAGAGAAGCGGCCUCGUAGAAGGUGUCUCGAAACUCAGGAUGACUGUCCCAACGACUGAGAGCAUCAGCAAUGAUGUUGGCGUAACCGGGAAUAUGGAGUGCUUGCAGCUCAAAAUCGUGAAGGGAGGCGUAGAACCAUAAGUCGCGUAGGCACGACUGAAUAAAAGGCACGCGGGAACGGCCAGUGUUGAUAGCCAGCUCAGUGUUGAGGUUGUCAGUGCGAACCAAGAUGCGUAGACCGCGCAAAUCCUCAGACCACAGCUUGAUGCUGAUGGUGACGGCCAACAUUUCGAGCGAAGCAAUGGAAAGAGAGGCUGGAUCAAAACAGGCCGGGAAGGAGGAGUGGAAGAAACGGCCACAAAAGAAACCGCCAAUACCGGUAAGGCAAGCAUCAGUACAGAAGAAAUGAUCGCUUACUGGCCAAGGGGAAGAACGCAAAAGUGAACACCAUUGUAGACAGAGAGGAAUUUGUCCCACCAACGUAAGUCGGACAGCAUGUCUGAACUGGGCACGAAACGUGCACGUUUUGUGGGAAGCUGGCGGAGUUCGUUAAGCAGACGCUGCAUGAAAAUCCGUCCAGGGCUGAUACAAGCACAAAGGUAGGAAAGCUUGCCGAUGAGAGACUGAAGGUCUGACUUAGUGGACCGUGGAGCUGCUAGCCAAGAACGAAUGAGAUCGGCGGUGUCUUGAAGUUUAUCAGGAGGCACUGCCAUGGUCAGUGUGACGGUGUCGUAAGUGAGGCCGAGAAAAACCAUUCUCGUGGAAGGUGGACAGUCCUUGGACGGAGACGACUGAAGGCCUAAAUCAGUGAACAGACGCUCCAGGUCAGAGAAGGCAAGUGAAGCGUCUUCGAAGGUGGAUUCGGCCCCGCCGAAGUCAUCGAUGUAAUUGAUACAGUCAUGGCCAAAGAAAGAGUGAAAGAUGUGAGCAAUCGCGUUGGUAGUCCGCUGACAGGCAAGGGUUGCAGAACGAAGACCAAAUGGGAGGACAACGUCAAAAUAAAAGGAGUCACACCAGUGAUAGGCAAGAAAGAUGUAGUCUCUAGGAUCCACUGGAAUAUGUCUGUAAGCGCGUUUCAAAUCUUUCUUGUAAAGGUAACACCCAGCGCCCUUGGAGAGAAUAAGGUCAACAAAAUCGGCAGAACGAGGCAGUGAAAGAUGGAAAGGCUGAUCGAGGUAAGAAUCUUUGGGAAUUCCGUCAUUAACAGAGGAGCCAAGAGGGAAACUGAGGUCCAGUACGACGCGCCUUCUGGUGCCAUCCUUUGGGACAGUUAGCAGAGGAGACGUGCGGAGGGGGGCUGGGAAAGGAUUGCACGUGAAUGGCCCAGCAGUGGCAGAAUGUUCGAUCUCGGUAGAUAAGAAGGCGUCAAUAACAUCCGGAAAAUCGGUGGCUGAAGCAUGGUUCGGGGGCUGAGAUGUAACAGAAACGACGGAGUGACAGUUAAUAGGCCAUCCAAAGGCUAGGAAAUCGGCAACAACAGAAUCAGAGUAAUGUUCGAGGUAUGAUCUCCAAACAGGAAUGUUCAGCUUCGACGGAACAGGAUUUCGAGUGCCAAAGGCGUUCGGGAGCGGAGACUUGGAGCAAAGAAUGUGACGAAUAACUGCGGCGUGCGAGUGUUCACGAGAGAGUAAAAGUUGGCCAGAAAAUGCGGUAGAGGGAGCGGAGACAAGGUUGGGCUGCGAAGGAGGCGACGAUAAGGCUGUUGAGGCGGGAGCAGGCGAAGAAACGGCGGGCGAAAACGUGCUGUUCGACGGGAGAGAUGUGGGAGCUGGAGAAGAUAGUCAAUCGGCUGUGGUGGGCGGCGGAGGGCGAGUCGGGCAAGAGCCAAUGGUGUGGUCUUUGAGCUUGCAAUAUGCACAAAUGUGUUCGACGCCUUCCUGGUGCGAAGGGUUACUGCACGUACCGGUGCGGUUCCAUUCGUGGCAAUAGGUACGAGGUCGGCCAUUGUUGUUACGAAAGCCAGCCGCGUGAAAGGCGGGCGAAGUAACCGGUUUGGAUUGCAAGCGAUUGGAUUCUGUGAUGUUGAAGCGCUCGAUUUCGCUGAAAUCGUCGCCCCAGCUUGCGAGGCCCGACUCGAUGCGAUCCAACACGGCAGCAUGAAAGGACAGCACUGCUUCCCAGUCGUAUUUGGACGCCAAACGCAUUAAAGACAUGAGGUGGUGCGUCAUGAGCGCUUGCUGAGGGGAAGGCUGAGCAGACAAGAUAUCGAGAUAGCCAUACACGAAUUCUGCCGUCGAUAAAUCCUUAAACUUCUUUCGGGACAGACCGAAAGGAACGUGAAGAUGAGGCCAUUCUUGGGGGUUAACGAUGCGUGUAUUGUGGUCGAGUUGACCUUGGGACUUACCGGAGUUAACUCCUCCACGAACGGUCUCCAAAGAAGGAAUGUUUCGAGGCUUGUUGGCGGCCGGGCUGGAUGAAACCAAUUCCCGAGCUCUUGAUUGAGCUUCGAGCUCAAGGAGGCGAAGCUCCAGCUGUUGCUUUUCAAUCUGCAGGUUCAGCAAAUGUAAGGAGGGGGAAUUGCCGGGCGCGGAAGUAGAAGAACCCGGAGCUGUGGUCUCAACACGUGGCGUUGUGUGAACCUCGUGCGAUGGAGAUUGGUCUAGCGAUGGAGUGCCAUUCGUAGCGCUGUUAUGCGGUCUUGCGAGGGAAGGCAAAUCGUAAACGAACCCUGCAGGCAGCACAGGUACUCGAGUGCGACGUUUUCCGGCGGCUUGAGACAUAAUAAGAUGCUAAAAGACUGAAGAAACUGGAGCGAAAUGCUAAAAUUGAUAUUACAGCGAACGAGCGAACUGACAAGGAUAUAAAAUGACAACUAGCGCCGUGAAGAAAACAGCUGACGAGCCGCGAGGGCCUGGGUCUAAUUAAGUUAUUCCUAAGAAUAUAAACUUCAUUUACGCACGUUAAUUUUACGCGCGUUCUUACGGAAAAGUUACGCGACAGUGGAAAUCAACCACUACAGUGAGAGGUAGUAAGCAGCCACUUUGACUCUGAUGAUGACAUCCCGACAAGUUGUCGAACAGUCCGGUUAUUGUUGUAACCAACUAUCUUACGGUUGCAUAUCUGUCAGCUUUCGCGCCUUAAUGCAAGCGUCAGUAUAUUAUUGCAAACCUUCCAUUAUUUUUGUACUUUUCUUUGAUGAAGACUGAAAUUUUAUUUGAGUGUGUCUAAAAAUUCAUUCAGGAUUCAUUAAGGAUUUCAUUAAUUCUUUAACAUGUUUAAGUCUUACAUAAAAAUCUCUCUAAAAUGUCAUUUAAACCUAUAGAUUUUCAAAGGAUCUUUCAUUAAUGACUGGGAAGAGAGUAAAAAGAAGAUGGCGCAUAUGCUGGAAGUUUAUUUCACCGCUGAUCAUACUCGGUGUAAUAAUUGGAGGAUUAGUACAGAUGAUCCGAGAUAUGGCUGAUGGAAAGUAUACAUACACAGCCUGGGAUAGGAAUAAGGUAAUUUCUUUAAAAAAAUUAAUUAUUGAACUCAGGGUUUUGUGCAUUCUAUCAGCUGGCGUGAACACAAUUUGCCUGCCAGUUUUCAAGAGGCUACAAGAAGCCACUAAGUAUAAGGCUAUUAUUUUUCCACCCCACGUUAGAUCUAGCUCACCCCAGCACCCGCACCGUUGCAGUCAGGGGGUACCCCAUUUUUCCUGCAUGGAAAGGGACAAUAUGAAGCAACUUUAUGUUGUUCACAGAACAGAAAAACGACCAGAAACCGCACGAACUUUCAAUGUAACUGUUUCUUAUUUUCAUUUAAAGAAUCAUUCUCGUGAAGAGUAUGUUUCAUUUUGAAUGCUCGAAUAUUGUCUGAUAUAUAGGGACUUCGAUUCUGCAUGCUGAUAGCUUUCAGCGAAUGACACUCCUUAACUCGCUGUUUUUAACAAUUAUUCCUCGAGCCCGAAUGGGCUCUGAGUCAAUAGCCCAUUCGGCCUUCGGCCUCAUGGGCUAUUGACUCAGAGGCCAUGAGGGGGAGAGGAAUAAUUAUUUCAGUAGAAUCCAACUAGUUGGUCAAAAAUAUCGAGACAAAACAACUUUAGCUAGCAAAACCCGAUUCAGCCGCCAUUGUUUUGGUUUUCAAAGUCGGCGCUUUUCGCUACUAGUGGGCUAUGACAUAUAGCCUAGUAGUAGCUCAACCAAUCAGAACGCAGCAUUGAUAAUAGACCACUAGUUGGAUUUUACUAAAUACGUCUACUCGUAACAAAAUAGAAAAUAAAUCGUGAUCUUAAUAGCCAGCAAAAGUUUCUGCUGUCGGCUUUCCGUAACUUUUAAUUAAGCUUGAGUAAGAUCAUUAUAAUUAUUGAGGAUUUUUAAAAUAGGUUUGCUAAAUUAAAUCAUGAUAACUACUCAUUGUGUAUUUAACUUCUUCCAGGCGGAAAUCAAGUACCUUCAAUAUCCUGCGUGGGGCUACGUCAUCUACACGCUGUUUGUUUUGAUUCCUGUUCUUUGCAUAAUUUACCCUCCCAUCAAAGACUAUGUCGCGCAGAGAAGAUCAGAAUCUGAGAAUAGUGGAGACUCGCUUUCUACAGUCUGCGAACGAUGCUGCUAUUUCGGAAGAUCAAGAUCUUUCGACUUGGAGCAAAGUACCUCGUGUGUUAAUGGACAUGUUAACCAGUCGGUUCAAGCAGACUGA